CGUAGCCCAACCGUCGAAGCCAAAUAUUUUAAACAACGUUUCAAUCCACACUUGAGAAAACAUUUUUGAAAGAACGACCCUAUUUAUUUAUCAAAAUUAAAGUUACGAAGUCUUCAUUUUUGUCCCGGUCAUGCUGUUGACCACUGAACGGGCCGUUAAAUAAAGUGCCAACUUUCCAUUCUGAGCGGCACUACGACCCAGGGAGCGCCGCAGCGAGGCGGGCAGCUCUCUCCGUGAGACAAGCAGUAAAAAUAGUCCGCCUGCUUUCAACACCAGCGAGGUCAGGAGGACUCGGGACCAGACCGCCUCUACGGGUGAAACCUUAUCAAUAAUCAAUAACAAUAUCAAUGGAAUGCAAGGAAAAAACGAAAUUAUAAAAUAAUAUAUAUGGGUAUAGAGAUUUGACCUAUAGGGCAGCCAGUGCUCGGCUGUGAUUGGACGCAGUUGUCAGAAUAUUGUAGCAGUGUCCUUGAUGAGCCAGUUGAGGCGUGCAGAGUGAGGGGUUGUGAGGACAUAGGAUACAGACGAUGGCUAGUUUAAAAUGUUUUAAACUGUUGUAAAAUGGAGACUUUAAAAUGGAGAGAUGUAUAUUUAAAGCAAAGGACACAAGUGACCUCGGAUUUGAGUUGCCGACCAAGAGGAAAAUGAGAUUGCUCUUUAAUCGUCUGUAGCAUUUUUGUGCUGAUAUAUUUUAUUGUGUUUAUUUAUAUAUUUUUCUAUUUAUUUCUUGUUAUGUUUUUAUGUUAUCUUCUAUGUAACUUAUUAUAUUCUUUAAUAUCUUUUGUAUGUUAACACUUUUACUUUUUAAACUGUGUAUCUAGAUAUGUUUAACGUUUUCUCUUUUGAAUUUCUAUUAUUGUCCUGGGAUUAAGUAAAGUACCACUUAACCUUAUUUUAUUAAUUUGUUCUUCUGCUUUAGAAGUAAGGCACCCGGUGAGGGUAAGCUCGGACGCAGCGCACCCCCCCCCCCCCCCCCCCAGCCAUUCAGGAUGCUCCAGCUUUGUCAGGUGACCAGGGCCUUACUCAUCAGCAACGCGCGCUCGGCCUGCAGCACCGAGCUCGUCCAGCAGGAGGCGGUGACGCUGUGCAUCAACGUGUCCAGGCAGCAGCCGUUCCCCGCGGCCGACCACGUGGCCAUGUUGCGCAUCCCGGUGUACGACGACCCCAACGAGGACCUCUACUGCCACUUCGACCGCUGCGCUGACGCCAUCCAGAGCGAGGCGGAGCAUGGCGGCCGCACCGUCGUCUACUGCAAGAACGGACGCAGUCGCUCUGCUACCGUGUGUGUGGCAUACCUCUUGAAGCACAGGAAGCUCUCGCUCGGUGACGCCCUGCAGAAAGUGAAGACAGCUCGCCACGUCAUCGACCCCAACCCCGGCUUCAUGGCCCAGCUGGAGCGAUACGAGCAGGAGCUCAGAACCAGGCGAGGGGGGGCAGACUGAGGCUGGGCCGCUAGGAUCUCUAGCGAACACUGGCGCUGGUACCACCGUGCUCAAGUUCAACUUUCAUCGUUCUCGCUUAUUUUUUUACAUUUUUUAUUUUUUUGUUCUUUCUUGGAACUCAACCGGCUCAACCAUUUGUUCAUGUUAAAAUGAUGUCUUGUACUUAGGUUUAUUUAAGCCUACCCUGGCACAUUUACUGACAGUUACUUUUUCUACCAUGGGACAAUACUGUUCUCAACUGGUUCAACUACAACUCCCACAAUUCCAUUCUUCAAUCAACGUAGCAACGGUGCCGACAAUGGGCUCGCUCUGUAGUGCUCAAGCCAUCGAGCAUGUAGCUUUAGUGGCUAGCACAUGGUCUUGUUCUGUUGGAUAGGUCUCUUUGCUUUCCGUCUCUGAGGCCUGAGGCACCACUUUUGUUGACCUUCUGCUCAAUUUGACAUUUUUGCUGUGUAAGCAGAACUGCUGCAGUAUCUGUUACAAAGUCUCCGCAGACAAUGGAAACCUGACCGCAGUCAAGUGCCGUUACGGAUCAGUCUCAACGGAUUCAAAGGCCUUAUGUUUUUUUUACCUUUCCUCCCAACUAUGAUUUUAAAUAUAUAUGACAAUUUCAAAUUCAAUCUUGCACAUUAACAUAACUGUGUAUAGCUGUGAGCUGUAGGCUAACCACAGGCUCCACAGUUCCCUCUCUUACCACUAGGUGGAGGCAGGAUGUCCUUAUCCAGAUCCUACUGUGCUCUGAUAAAAAUUCUGCAUGCAUUUAAUAACCGGCAAUCAUUUUGAGAAUCAAUGAAGGAAUUUCGUGCGCAUUUAGGCGCAUUUGUGUAGACAUGGGGAAACACUGGCUUGUUUGUGCCAGUAAAGGUCUCCCUCUUCCUCCGCGUCCAGAGGAGGUCUCCGUACUGGCUCAAACACUGGCUUGUUUGAGCCAAAGAGCGUCACGAACUGGCGCAGACUAAAAUGCCUCUGGACGCCGUUGGAUAUGCCCUUAAACAAUCACAGCAACUAAAAAAGCACCUUUCCUCUCAACUAAAUCUGCCGUCAUUUCCCCUUCUUGAAGCGAAAACAUACCAUCAAGUCUCGAUUGCGUUAUCAACAAGCCGUUCUACAUCAGCGGCAGCCGUCUCGUGUUGGGCGGACAAUUUUUAUGUACGAGGGGAGAGCCAGAGCUUAUCUGCAAAGCAAAUUAAACAUGAACUUGCGAUAUUUUUCGGUUCCCAGGCUAGGUUGGGGCCAUAGACUAAAUAAAAUAAGUCAGCGUAAAAAAAUUAAAGAAUCAAAAUAAUAUAUAAAGUAAAUGUAGAAUAAUAACAGCGCCAUUUGCAAUAGUAGCUUAAUAAUACGCUGCAGAUGCGAUUCCCUUUUCAGGGAAUUAUAUAAAACUAGAAACAAGGAAAGGACAAGCAUUAAACAGCAGUAUAGAACGAUGCAAUUAAAAAACAAAAGGGCUAUGCUUAGACUAAAAGAUAUUGUGUAAAAGUAAGUGGCUGAAAAGUUUCAGCUAAAAAUUACUAAAUAUAAUCUUACGUCUUUAGUGUGUUACUUUAUGUUUUUGUAAUUAUAAGAUGUUCACUUUAAGUAAUUCAGAAAAUGAGGCAAAAAUACAUUUUUUUACGCAUAAGUCUUAAGAGCUACAGCAAAAAUGAUAGCGUCAGGUGUACGGCCAUUCACAUUGUAGCUGCUACAGUAUUACCACAAGAUGUCUUUAACUCAAUGAUGUGUAGUAGAUCAGUAAGGUUUAAAAUAGUCCAAGGCUAUCAUUAAAGAUUUUUAAUCUAUAGCUAACACACACACAUAAAGACAAAAGCACAAGCACGCAAACACAGGCGCACACACACACGCACGCACACAAACGUAUAAAUCACUGUAUUUUAGGAGUGUGCACACUCCUUUUGACAAACACAUGUGUUUGUUCUUCAGUCGUAUAGUUAGAGGCUAUGUCUGUGUUAGUAUAUCGACACAUUUUGAUUACAAAGAAGUAGUAUAUAAUUAGUUUCAGUAUUACUUGGUGAACUAAUUCGCUGUGUAUACAUUAGCGCUGUAUGUACUAACGAUAUCUCAGGUUUAACCUUCUCAUUGUGAAGUACUUCCAAAAUACUAGAAAAAACAGAGGGAAGAAAAACAGACUGAACAAAGACAUAGAUAGAACCACGUGUUGUGGUUAAAUGUUAAAACAUUUAAAAAGACUAAGAACUUUAAAACAAGCAAAACAUCAAAACAUCCAACUAGAGCAUCCAUACUUAUCAGGGAAGAUUAAUGUCUUAAGAUGUGUUGAAUUGCAUAGGAUAUUUGUGUAUACUUAAUCUAUGCUAGCCUAUUUUCACUGUGAGUCCAGUUAUAUUGAUCAAAGGUGGUUAAAUCCAGGGUUAAAAUGUGAAUGUUGUGAAGUCCUGUUUAACUGACCCGUGGAAUUCCCACCUUUGAUUUAGAACUGAACAUAUCUCCUGACUCAAGAGCCCAUACUUUGUAGGCCCUACGACUUUGCCAAUACCAGCAUUAUGCUAGCAGUCAGCUAGCCGUUAGCUAGCAGUAAGCAAGCAGUAAGCUUAUAAUAAGCUAACAAUAAGCUAACAAUAAGCUUUGAAAAUGUCUAUUUCAAAUGUUCUACUAUGCAAAUAAGCCAUUGCCAUUGUAGACACUGUGUAUUAAAACAUUUAAAUAAAGUAUUUGGAUGAUCACAACUUA